AUGGCACCAGACAUCAACAGCCUGCCCACCUCUCCUCGUCUCGAUCGUAGCAAUCCGAUGUCGCCAUCUGUUUCCAACAACGCGUCACGUCGAACGUCGGCGUUGAUGGGACCGCCUGGCCAACCUGCGUCUGCCACACUGCCACCUGCUCCUCUGCAACCACGUAGUCCGAACAUGUCGAGCCACGACCGAGUGCCCAUGAGGCAUCCAAGACCACUCACGGCCGCUGAGCUGUACCUUGAGUGCGAGAAAGAGCAAGAAGCGGUGGUCAACCGCUUGACAAGAGAGCUCACGGCUCUACGAGCCCAGUCUGCGUCCGUGGCUAGCAAUGUAUCUGUGUCAUCCAACUCGACUUCAGCAUCGCUCCUGCCAGUAGACAUCUCAGACCCAAAUCCGACCCACCAAAUGGUUGGAGCUACACACCCAACCCCUUCUCGAAGACACCGAUCGUCCUCUUCUGUCAGCACGAGAAGCAUCAACACACCUUCGACCAACGUGUUGCAAGCAGGCAGCAAUAUCACGAACCUGUCUACCCAGGCUCAGAGCGGUGCACCAGCAAGUAUGCCCAUGCACGGCGUCUCUCAGGCUUCUGCCGAGAGGGCUGCUGCCGCGGCAGGUCAUACUCGCGAGCCACUGAGUCGCCAGCCGUCCAUCAGCGCAUCAGGCAGAUCGACUCCAGCAAGACACUCGAUGGAGAUCCCGCGCCACGGCGGAGGAACUCUAUACACCUUGCCACAUCGUCCAUCGCUCUCGCGUCGACCGUCAGAGAACACAGUCUCGUCAACUCAUGCACAAGCCGGCACUCCAGCUCCGAUCCCACAGCCACUACCAUCUCCCGCUCAGUCACCAAGCCAACUCAAUGUCAACACCGCAAUGCAGCACUACGCAGAUACUGCUUCCUAUCGCAACGAGAUGGAGAUCGUCAAGGCCGAGAACGAGCAGCUACGUCAACGCGUUCGUGUACUGGAGCGAGCUCUCCGCCAGCGUCGCCGCGAUAGCAGUACCUCGGACGCUCCUCGUCCAGACAACACAGGAAGCACAAGACCAACACGCGAGAACUCCAUCAACGAACGCGUACCGAGCAUGACCAGCCCACCGCCAUCUGCUGGCCUUGGAGUCGCUGCGUGGGCUGCAAAUACUGGUGGUGUCGGCGGCGUGGCUGGACCUCGCGAGCGCAGUGAGAGCCAGAGCACAACGGCCAGUGGUCGUCGUGGCUUGGGCGUCACGGAAGAUGAAGUGAGAGUUGGAGAGAGCGCAAGCAACGCAGGCGUUGGACGUGGCAUCUAG